CCUGGCGACCCUAAGAUUACGACACAUUGACGGGCAUGUGACGCACCCAUGACCUCUUGGUAGGUACACAGCUGCAAUGGCAGAAAUAGGGAAACCCUAGCUUCAUUUCUUGAAGUGAGUGUUCGUCAACGAAACUUGUACCUACAGUAUAAACCGAACGUAUGCUGUGAGUAAUGAAUUCCGAUACACAUUUUGUGAAAAGAGUGUCUGCUGUCAAAUUCAGGAAGAUGAAUAUGUAUCAUUAUGAACAUCCCUUUCUCGGCAAGAAAACAUUGCAAGAAAAUGGUGAUUCCCAUAAAGAUAAAGAACAGAGAGGUACACAUUUAAAAAUGCAUAUGAAGAAAGCGUCACUGAAAAAUGGCAAAAAGGACUGGCUGAAAACGUUCAGCUUAUCAAUGAAUAUCUCUUCCAAGGGCACCUCAACAGUUUUGGAAGUUAACAGCGAAUAUGAUUUCGACGAUAUAUCAAAUGCAUCGUCAAGUAAAAACAAUAAUACACAUGGGGCCGUUUUAAUUGCUAAUCGAGAUGAUCUACAAAAAUAUGUCUUUGUCGGAGACAUUGAAACGAAAACUACAGAACAAGAUAUCAAUGACAGAGAACCAGAUGAAAGAGACGAAUGGAAUCGUAAGGAGUGUGAUAUCAAUCAGAUAGUAUAUAUGAGCAAAAAUCCGUGCCAGAUUUCGCUCGGAAGGCCUUGCCAUCCUGUCAUGUCCGUUCAAUAUUCGAAAGAUGAACUGAAACGCACAGAUAGACAUACACCCCCUGUUAUAACCAAUGCUAUGGUAUUGAAGGGGUUUUUACAAUGCGCUUUAACAGAUCUGGAAAAGAAAGGAUGUUUUAGGAAACCACCAGAUCGUCAUAAUGUACUUAUGCCACAAACUUUUGAAUCAAAAAUGCCGCCGCUGACACCAAUUCCCAUAUAUCCGAACGAUAGAAAUGAACAAAUAAAUAUCAAUCCGUUCUAUUCUUUACUGAAUAGUUACGGCCAGUGGCCGAAUGAAUCAGGGAUAUCUCCAUCUCGGUUAGCAGAAGCGGGAUUCCAUAGCAUUGCACCACAUGGUCAUUUGGUUGGUUGUCGUUCGUGUAGUAUACAACUUAGCAUUGACGAUUUCAACGGAAAUGACCCAUACACAGUCCACAGACAGAUAUCACCUACGUGUCCAGCGGUGCAUAGGGGGGAAUCUAUUUCAACACCGGUUCAACAAGAGGCAUCAGGUCCUGAGAACGGAAUUGAUUUCGAAACAGUUAACAAUAACUUACAUAGACUACAGCUUGACGCUCCUGUUGAAAACGUUACCAGAAGAUCUGAACCUGGCCAGAUAGAAACGAUCAAUGAAGAACACACACACCUUACCGCACGUAACGGCACACAAGCCGAUAGUGUGCAAGGAGCAUCAGCAGCAUCAGCAGCAUCAGCAUCUAGUCAUCCAAUAGUUACUUAUGAACCAAGAAAUCCGGGUCAGAGGUCACCAGAGGUAAGACGAGAGUCAUUCAGAAACUGGCUUGGCAGAUAUCAGGACAUCGAUAACUUAGUACAUUCUGGGUUUUUCUUUAUAGGGGAAGAGGACAUAGUUCGUUGUUUCCAUUGUGAUAUUGGCCUGGCAGAAUGGGAUCCGUCUGAUGACCCCUGGGUAGAACAUGCCCGUCACAGUCCGGACUGUCCCUAUCUGAGAGGUCAACGAGAUGACCAGUUCAUCUCGGGCAUUCAAAGGAGCUGGGCAGAGAUAUACACACCUAAACAUCCCCAAAUGAGCCAGACGAGCACGAGACUGGAGACGUUUGGUCCUACAUGGCCACAAAACUAUGUUCUCCAGAGACCAGAACAGUUGGCUGAAGCAGGCUUCUUUUACACAGGUGAAGCAGACACUGUCCGGUGCCAUUACUGUGACGGGGGUCUCCAGGAGUGGGAACCGAACGAUGAUCCAUGGACUGAGCACGCCAAGUGGUUUCCAUUCUGUAAAUUUGUCCUCAAAGUUAAAGGGUUGUCCUUUGUACAGGCAGCAGCUCUUCCGGAGGAAAAUGACGGAGAAUCUGAAAAUUCGAUUGGAGUGACGUCACAGUUUACACGUGCUGAGGCUAGCUAUGAGGAAAAAUGUCGCAAAAAAGAGCAAGAAAAUCCUAUGUUGUCAGCAGCAGUAGAGAGCAUAAAGGAAUUUGGUUACCGGAAAAAAAUGAUAAAGAAAGCAAUCCUUGUCCACGUGGAAACAUCAGGCAAACGCGAAUUCAAUGCAAGAGAAUUGAUGGAUAUUAUAUUCAAGCUGGAAGAGAAGGAAUCGUCACUGGAAGAAGAUGGAUAUGAUACAGAAUCCUGUUCAAGUUCGGAUGAAAUAAAUUUCACUCCAAAGGCGAUGGCUAAGGAAAAUGAAUACUUGAAGGGAAAACAGCUAUGUGAUUUGUGCCGGAAACGGGACAAGUGUAUGCUUUUUUUACCAUGUGGCCACAGAUCCACAUGUGAGCCAUGUGGAAAAGGACGGACGUCAUGCUCAGUCUGUUUAACAGAAGUGACGUCAUGCGUGAAGACUUUCCUGGGAUAGACAUGCAACAACACCUUAAACUUUUUGUCAGAUUCAGUGAUGGUUAUCUGAAAAUAUUAUGAGAGUGAGGAUUGGCUAUCAGAACGUACUGCAAGAGUGAAGAUUGGCUAUCAGAACACAUUGUCAAAGUGAGGAGUGGCUAUCAGAACACAUUGUCAAAGUGAGGAUUGGCUACCAGAACGUAUUGUCAGAGUGAAGAUUGGCUAUCAGAACACAUUGUCAAAGCGAGGAUUGGCUAUCAGAACAUAUUGUCGGAGUGAGGAUUGGCUAUCAGAACAUAUUGUCAGAGUGAAGAUUGGCUAUCAGAACACAUUGUCAAAGUGAGGAUUGGCUAUAAGAACAUAUUGUCGGAGUGAGGAUUGGCUAUCAGAACAUAUUGUCGGAGUGAGGAUUGGCUAUCAGAACGUAUUGUAAGAGUGAAGAUUGGCUAUCAGAACACAUUGUCAAAGUGAGGAUUUACUAUCAGAACAUAUUGUUACAGUGAGGAUGGACUAACAGGAGAUAUUGUCAAAGUGAGGAUUUACUAUCAGAACAUAUUGUUAGAGUGAGGAUGGACUAACAGGAGAUAUUGUCAAAGUGAGGAUUUACUAUCAGAACGUAUUGUCAGAGUAAGGAUUUACUAUCAGAACAUAUUGUCAGAGUGAGGAUGGACUAUCAGAACAUAUUGUCGGAGUGAGGAUUUGCUAUCAGAACAUAUUGUCGGAGUGACGAUUGGCUAUCGGAACAUAUUGUCGGAGUGAAGAUUGGCUAUCAAAACACAUUCUCAAAGUGAGGAUUUACUAUCAGAACAUAUUGUCAGAGUGAGGAUGGACUAAC